CAGAAGCUCAUAAUACAACGAAUGUAUUACCUCGCUUAACGCAAGGGGGCCCGCAACAGGCAAUACUGUAGCCGGCAGUACCAUGCUUAGUCUGCCUGUUUGGACUGCUGUCUUAAAUAUGGGGAUAUAACUGCGGCUGCCCGAAGACAGUAACUAUACAUGUGGAGAGUGCUUUAACAGGUUGUGUAACUUUAAUGUUGGCAGUGAAGUGUUUGUUUCUCUAAAUCAACAAACAUCGGCGUUUGAUCUUGUUGUCACAGGUCAUGACGACAAGGUGUUCUAGAUAUGUGGAGAGUUUGAGAGAUUUAACCCUCAGCGUUAUAUUCAAUAGAAGUAGGAAACAGUAAUUAUUCAACAGUGUUGUUUUGUGAACGCUUUCAGUCCGGUACACGUUAUCCACGUAGCCUUAUGGUGUAAUUCAUUUGCAACGUCUUCAAUGACAUAAACACCGACGUCAUGCCGCUGCUGAUUAAUACACGUGCUGAGAAAGUUAGACGACUCUGCCAGGAAGGGAGUAAAAAGGACGUUCCAGAACAAAUUGAACUCUUUACAAAGGCGCUAGCUGAAGCAAAACAACUUAGCUCAAACAGAGAGCAAAACGUUUGUAUAUGUCGUCUUAACCUUGCCACAGCGUACGUCCACAGUGCUGACAGCAUCCGGAAAGGUAUAGACAUGUUGACGGCCAUGACAACAGAGGCGGAGACACAUCACCCCGCCAUCCUUGGAGACAUAUAUUAUUACAAAGCUGUGGGGAUGAUGCGUGUGAAGGGGAAUGGAGACUUUACACACAGAGAGUCAGAUGCUAUCCUAGAUGCUCUGUAUCGCGCUAAGCACUAUGAUGACAGUAGUGACUCAGAUACACCUCUGAAGAAACACAUCCUGAAAUCUCUACUGCGUUUCGAACGCAGAGACAGCGAGCGUUGUGAACUCCUGAAACAAAAGAUUCUCGCGUUCCGACAGGACAAGGAGUCAGCAGAUGAGGACACCGUGCUUCAGAUGGUGUGUGAAUUGAUGAACCUGUUGUUGAAACGUGACCCAUCGGAAGCUAAAAAGGAUGGACCGCUCUAUAUGGCCGUUAUUCCUGAAGACAGUUGUGACAAAAUCUCAACGACAACCUGGUGUGACCUUGGACUUAUCUCCACCCAAAUACAAGAAUACGGAAAGGCUGUGAGGUACUUCGAAAGAUCUCAUCAUAAACUUCAGAAGUCUGACUUAUGUAAGGACCUACCACAGCAAUGUCUGCAGAUGCGCCACAACAUAGCAGCCGUGAAUCUUCUACAGAAAGACUUCACGACAGCAAUCAGUACAUACGCAGGCGAAGAUGGCGAGAAAAGUCUCGAUGAUCUCCGAGAGGAGAUCCAGGACAAGGAUCUAUUGUCCCAUGCCUACUUAAACUUGGCCUUUGGGUAUCUGCGACAGCGGUUCCCGGAGGACUCUUUGGGGCAGGAGAAAGCCCUGCAGCUUGCCUACACAAACUACAAGAAUGCUCUGGACAUACAGACUGAAACUGGAGACAUGGACGGGGCACGCAAGUCCCUGGAGGGUUUGGCCGCCACAGUACUGACGUUGAAGAAGUCGGUGAAGACCUUGGAGUGGCUGAAGCUGGAACUGGGACUGAUGGACUACCAGGCUCCCCAGCUGAAAGUCGGGGAGAUAAAGGACAAACUGGAAGCCAUGAAAACUGCCCAUGACGAUCUUGUGAAAGAGACGGAGAUGACAUUUAAUAGUCGAAAAAAUUCUGUUCAGGGGAAACAUAAGACCGAGAAAAAUACAAGUUAUGCUAAAACCUUUAAUAAGAAACAUGACCCUAAAGUGUCUGUUAAGAAGGCAGAAUCCAGCUCAGCUGUGACGGAGGACGAAUCUAAAUCAGCUGGUAAGAAUAAUGUCGAAUAUACAUCAGCUGGCAUGGAGCCAGAAUCUCAUUCAUCUGGUAAAAAGAGCGAUUCACCAAACAAAGACAUUGACAAGAAAUCCCGUAAGAAUGUGAAAGACAGAAAACGGGCCCGUGAGGAAUUACCAGCAUGACAAACGGACUUAUAUUUGUUGGUGGCUGCAGUAUAACGUUUUGAUAGGGAUUAGUUCUUGAACAUUACUUAAUGAACCCUUUCCUCUGGAGUCUGCUUUUGUUACAACUCUGUAAUACAUAGACCAUUAGAGGGACAAAUAGUUUAAUAAUAAAAAAUAUAUAUAUUCAUAUAGCGCUAAUUCCAGUUAGUUUAAACUGCUCAAAAGCGCUUUUGGGCAAUGAAUUGUCCUGGGGAAUAUCUACAACAGUUAGUCUAUAUAUGCACGGGGAGUUUGCAGUUCAGGCGUAACAUUAGAAGAGGUAGGUUUUCAGGUGUGAUUUGAAUGUUUCUAUGUUCUGAGAAGAUCGUAAUUCAAAAGAGAGAGAAUUCCAAAAGAUGUUCGGGCGGAGGGAACUGUCAGUAGGAGUUGGCUAUCGGAUCGCAAUUAUCUUGCAGGUUGGUAUUUGUGAAUAAGUUCGUUGAGUAGGGAGGUUUUUCAGAGUGGUAUCCACGGAAAGUUAGAGCCAGUGUUUUGAACUUGAUUCUGUCUACAGUCUUAAGACAAUGUCGAUUCUUCAGUAGAGGGGUGAUGUGAUCUGAUUUUCUAGUUCUGAUUAAUCGAGCAGCGGAAUUCUGGAGUUUGUUGAUAAGACGAUUUGGGAGGCCAUAAAGAAGUGAAUUGCAGUAGUCAAGAUGAGACAUAACACAUAACACUUUGUUUAAUAAACUCUUUCAAAGUAA